AUGGAUUCUGUUUCUGUAUGUAAUAUAGGUAGUAAAUGUACUACUGAUGUUAAUAAUGGUCGUCCUGAUGUAAAUGAUGUUAAAUUAGCUGGAAGUUUAGGUAAAGGGUGCACAAGAGAAUCUGUGGUGUGUGAUGAAGUUGCUGGAAAUAGUGAGUUGUAUAAAGGGCUCGGUGUGGAUAAUUUUUACGAUCAUAAGACGCCAAUUUUAGCGAAUGGCGACCGAAAAAUCAAUAAAGAGAUGCCGAAUAUGAAAGGGGACUCGAAAUUCUGCGGAAAUAAGGAAAUUCAAACUGGGAAGCUUGAAGGGCUUGUCGAGAAAAGUGAUGACUUUGUUCUUUCUCCCGAGCCCAGAUCGCCCACAGAGAUAGAAUUUUCCGGAGAUGGUAUUAAUUUGUUCGUGGAGGUUUUUGGUCCUUUAGAUGGUCUGUCUGAGGGCAAUGACAAUAGCAGUGUAAAGGAGGAAGUUGAAGACUGCUCGCUUGAAAAUAGUGAAAAUACUAAAAGAGUGUUUUUCAAGAACGAGAUGGAGAACAAAGUCGAUGAACAGGAGUUCAUGUUCGAUGUGGGAGACUUGGUUUGGGCUAAAACCCGAACACCGAUUUGGUGGCCCGGGAUAAUAACCGAUCCUUCGAUUGAUGAAACAAAAUCUGAAAAAAAGGGUGCCUACCUCGUCAAAUACUUUGGGCCUGCAAAUCACAUGUGGUGCAAUAAUUCGGACUUGAAGCCUUUUAUUGAGUAUUAUGAACAGCUAUCGGGUCAGAACACUUCUAGAAGCUUCUGUGGUUCGGUCGAGAAGGCUCUGUUUGAGGUUGGCCAUCUUGUGAAGUCGAAGAUGACAUGCCCUUGCUUUUCAAAAGAAAGUUUUUAUCCCAAGGCUACAAAAGGAAAAACCGAUGAUGUUCUUCUAUCCUUGUCUGGCUUUGAUCCCACGUCAUUCUUGACGGGCAUCCGGAAUUUCGCCAGCUCAGCUUGUUCGCCUGGUAAAAUCGAGUUGAUUGUGGCGAAAAAUCGUCUGUCAUCGUUUUACCGUUCGACCGGUCAUCGUGAGCUGCCUAUAGAGUUGCUAUGUGCUCGGGAUGGGUUGUCAUAUGAAGUCAAAGUUGAAGGCCGUGAAAAAUCCUCGAGGGCUAAAAAGAAGAGAAACCCGAGCGAUUAUGAUGACCUUGCUUCUGCUGAUAAAUUAUCUUCCGGUAAAGGCUCCGAAUCUCGGGAGAGAAAAAGGAGCAAAUUUUUAUCCUAUCCUUUUGAAGAUCUGAAGCAUGGUUCGAGUUCAAUGAAGAAAAAGCCGAAAAAAUCUAUGCAAGUGCGUCGUGUCGUGAGUAAAGCAGACGACAUUAAUGCUACGUCAAACGAAUUGCUGGCUGAACUCCGCUCGGCGGUUUGUGAUCCCUUUUAUCUCGAGGGAAGCAAAUAUUCCGAUUCGUUAGAAAGAUUUUACUGUAGUUUUAGGUCGUUUGCUUUUCUGGAUGCUGAUAUAGCCGAUAAGGAGGCUCGAGCGGCCAAGCAGGUAACGAAAUGCGAGAGGAAAAGUCCCGAAAAUUCUUGCAAGGAAACUAAAGCGCCGAAGAAAAAAACUAAGGUUCUGCUUAAACAAGAAUCUGAAAAUUCAAGCUCAAAUCUUGAUUCCGUCACAAAAAUGGAUAACCCAGAAGCUUGCAAGGAAGCUAAAGCGCUGAAGAAGAAAAAAACUAAGGUGCCGAAACAAGAGUCUGAAAAAUCAAGCUUGACGAAUCUUGAUUUCAUUGACAAAUUACCGAAAAUGAAUAAUCCAGAAGCUUGCAAGGAAAAAGCAGUGGAGAUUAAAAAAACUGAGGUUCUGAAACAAGAAUCUGAAAAUUCAAGCUCAAUUCUUGAUCCCGUCAACAAAUUACCAAAUAUAGAUAAUCCAGAAGCAAAAGGAAGUAGCGCCUUACAUACGAGUGCAGAAAAAGUGGAGCUAUGGGUCACAUCAUCUGGUUUGGAGUUGAAAAGCUCCCUGGGUUUGGGCACAAAUGUUAAUAAUAAUCACAAUGGUUCGUGUAUCAUUAGCUUCCUCCAUCCUUGCCCCGAUAAUAAGAAUAAGAAUAAUAACGAGCCGAACCACCCACUUUCAGGAUUGCCCGACUUGAAUAAAAACAGCCCUUUCCCAGACGAGCAGGUUCCACUCACAGAGCCUUCACGAAUAUCAAAAAUCAGUCUUCAUCAGUCAGCCUCUUCAAAAGAGGCGGUGGGACCCACUCCCUCUCCAAAUAUCCUGCAAUUCACUAAUGGCAUCAUAAAUACGUGGCCUGGGCCGUUUGCUGUACAGGAAUCCGGAAAAGGAAAAGCGGAGGAAAUAAACAAAGCGUCUCGAUUUCCCAAUCGUGUCGAGAAUUUACCCGGAAAUAAACAAGACGUCUCGUCGUCAGACGGAAAGCAGCCGCAAAAACGGGCCCGCAAGGAAGAUCCAGGUGGCAGACUCGUCUUGAAAUUCGAGCCCGGUUUUCCCCUGCCAUCCUCCGAAACGCUGUCUGCCAAAUUCUCACGCUACGGUUUGGUGAACAAGUCCGAAAUCCGUUUUCUUGACGAGACGACUGUUGAGAUACCUUACGUGAGGACUCCCGAUUUGUGUUUUGCCCAUCGAAGCCUAGAGAGCGAAAGCCCGUUUGGGAAGGCUCUCGUGGGCUUCGAGCUAAACUGUCCACACUUGAAAUUGGAGAAAAAGCCACGAAAAAGCCCGGUUCUCACGGUUGGGCCCCAUACCAAGAUGCCAGCUUGGCGUGCAUUGGAGGUGCCCAGGAUGCUAGCUAGGCCUGUCGAGGUGGGGCCCAGGGUUCCAGCUGGGGCUUCGCCAGAUAUUGCGUUUAUGAAGAAAAAUGUUGAGAUGAUGAAGUUGACUCUGGAGAAAAUGGGGGAUGAGGUCCAGCCAGACGUGAGAGCUAAGUUGGAGAAUGAGAUUCGGGCUUUCCUCGACAAGAUCGAGAAUGUGGCUGGAAGCUCGUCCUCGACUUGA